AUGUAUCAAAUAUAUAUUGUGAAGUUCAUACAUUUGCAGGAUGAUCAUGAACCAAAUCCUUGGGAAUUUUAUUGGAGGAGUUUCUUGCUACAGUUAAACAACAUGUUCUUAUUGUCAGGUUUGGGCAUUUUUAAUGGGAUCUUAUUCAUAAGAUUCAACAUACACAGAGAGGCGGAAAUGAUGGGAUUAGCAUACUUCAUGUUGAAUCAAUCAAAAAAGAUACUGAAUAUUGCACGGAAAACACCUUCAGCACUUAUGUACAUAUUAGGACAUCAAUGCCUCAUGGUGUGGCCUUUGGUGGAUAAAGAGGGUGUUGGUGUUUGCUUUCAUUUCUCUUAUGAGGAACCUCUUCAUUCAGCUGUGAUGCUUGUUCCAAUUAUGUUAAGAAAAUAUGGAUUUCAUUUCAUUCUUUCUGGUGAUCUGUACAAUAAAUGGGAUCAGAGUAAUGGUGCAAUGGAUCCCGAGGUUCUAAAAGAAUUUGUUUCAGUCCACAAAGAGGUUUGGGCAAUUUUAGUAGGAUCUUAUUCAUACAAUUCAACAUACGCAAAGACGCAGUAUGGUGUCAAAAACAAUUGGGAGACUAAAAGGUUUACAAAAAUUAGAGAAAGGGAGGGUUUGAUCGAGAAAGAUAAGGGCAACUUAAUGCACGACUACUUCAAACAAAACGACUGCUUCUGUUUCCAUUCGAUUCUGAUCCAAUUCAAAAAGUGGCAACUAACUUUACUCUUCUACCCUCACAAACUACACUACUAA